GCAGCUGGUGCAGCAGCGUUAACGCUCAUGCGGAUAUCUGUCGGCUUUGCCGCAGCGCCCCGGGCACCACAGUGUGCGGCUGCACAGUCGCCGAGGCACAGAUACUGUGCAUGCGCUCUGGGAGCCCGAUAUCCCCUAUGUUGUAGCCGGCAUAGCGAAGCCUAGAGCUGCGUGGACACAUUUCCAGCUCAUUACUGCAGAUAACGGAGAACAACGACUGCGGCGGUGUUGUCCGCGUGUGCCAGAUACGCCGUGUCCGCUAAUACGAGAUGAGUGGCCCGAAGGCGGCUGAAACCUAAGUGGACGGGUGGCGGGGAGAACGACCGUGAACAUGGGAUACAGGAUCCCCGGGGCAGCAAUGGACCGCGUCAGCCUGUUGUGGCGCCUGCGUCGAAGGGCACGGCGGGGGGCCUUCUGCAUGGCGCUCUUUUGCGUGGCAAUGGGCCUCCUCUAUGCUUUCUGCGCAGAGAACAGUGUUCCAGUUACAGAUGCCAUCUUCGGUGUGCAGGCACGCACUCGGGCUCAGCCUAGGGCUCAUGCUCUGGCAAAAGCACUACGGGCGAACAGCGGUGCCAACACCAAGCCCAUCUAUGUGAAUCCUCAAAAUCUGCCUGGCAUCAUCCCUGGAGAUCCUCGCCAUCCCAUCCCCAUACUGUCUCAGCUGCCCUCUGCCAAUGGCACACCAGUUGGACCAGAUGAGAUUAAGGCACGACGCAGGGAAUUGGGGGCCAGGGGGCUUCUCUCCUGGCUUUUGCCUCGACCAUUAAGGUGGCUGCUGGAGGGCACCUCCUGGAGCAAGAGAAGGAGAGGCAGUGGGGAUGGGGGUAUGGGGGAUGCAGAUCUCUUUGGACCCCAUGGCAAACUAGGGGAGGUGUGGAAUGAGGACAUGUCCACUGCCAUGCUUGGAAAGAGGCUGAGGAAAGUGGUGCAGAACUACCAGGCCAUGAAUAAAUAUGGGGUGCAGUUCCAGGGGACCAGCGGUUCCGGGUCAGGUCACAAGCUGAGCGGACCUGAACUCCUCUGCCAACUAAAGGAGAGGGUCGUGGUUACUACACUCACCUCUGAUUUAAAGCCCUUCUCAGGGCUACCCUGGAGCUCACAGCUUCCUCCUCGACCUCUGACCUCUGAUCUGGGGCCCUUCAAGAGCUGCGCGGUGGUCUCGUCAGCAGGCUCCCUUAGAAACUCCGGACUGGGGAGGGAGAUUGAUUCUCACGAUGCUGUGCUAAGAUUCAACGCGGCCCCUACGGGGGGAUAUGAAAAGGACGUGGGCACCAAAACAACAGUCCGGCUCAUAAAUUCCCAGGUGAUGGCUUCUGAUGACCACCGCUUUCUCUCCAGCUCUUUGUAUAGCGCUGGAACCCUGGUAGCCUGGGACCCUGCACCCUACUCAGCUGACCUUGCCGAGUGGUACAACCGAACAGACUAUCCCAUAUUCCAGCAAUACCAGAAGUACCGCCGCUUACAUCCCCAGCAACCGUUCUACGUUCUCCACCCACAAGUUGAGUGGCAGCUGUGGAACCGAAUUCAGGACAACAUGGCUGAGCCUAUCCAGAGAAACCCACCCUCCUCUGGUUUGCUUGGAACAGUACUGAUGAUGUCACUGUGCGAGGUGGUGCACUUGUAUGAGUUCCUACCUUCACGCCGCAAGACAGAGCUGUGCCACUACUAUCAGCGCUUCUACGAUGCAGCAUGCACACUUGGUGCCUACCAUCCACUCCUCUAUGAGAAGAACCUGGUGAAGAGGAUGAACCUGGGACCAGAUAUGGACAUUUACACCCAUGGCAGGGUCACUCUGCCUGGGUUCAGCACAUUAAAUUGUACUCUUAGUGCAACUCACUAACUAACAUACCGUCUCAAACUGGCACACAAAGUCGGUUUAAUUCACCGAGUAGGCACUGACUGCAUUCGUACUUUUUCCUGCCACCAGAACUAUAUCACUCGGGGUCUGUCCAAAAUAACCCCCCACUGUUCCAACUGUUGUAUUAGCUGUCACCCCAUCUAAUCUGUUUUCACUCUCUGUGUUGUGGAGAACAGGCUUUAACCCUUCAACUCGCUGUUAAGGUAAAUUUCUGGAUGCCAUUACCACCUUUUUUGAUAACAAUCUGUUCUGAUAUGUGGAGUUAAGGUGUGUAAUGUAAGGUUUCAGUUUGCACACAUUGCAUGUUGACUGAAAAAACAAUUGUAAUAAUGCAUAAUUUAAUUUA